CGACUCUGGGCACUCUUUUAAAUCAGAAAGCGGCAUUUUCUGGCAUCGAAACAAACAAGAUAUAUUGUAACAUUCAAAACAUAAAACAACAUUCGAAAUGGAGGACAUUAAUUUCAACGAUUUCACGCCAAAGGAGCGCUACGAGAUCAUCAAAGAGUUUCUGGUGAAGAUGCAAAAUGCCAAAUCCAUGCCGAGCAAGGACAUGCAUGUUCAAAGAUUCUUCGAACAUUAUUUGCGAAAGUUCUACAAAAUGCCGGAAAAAUUGGUCAACGAUAUUGCCUACUGCCAACGGGCAAUCAAAACUCAUCUGGAGAUCCACCAGACAAUCGUCAGUGUUUUCGCGCAACAGGCGGAUGCUGAUCCCAUUAUCAAGGACAAGUACAUCAACGAACUGGAGGAGAUGCUCUACGAACUAAACGCUGAAUGCAACUACUUGGUGCUCCGCCUUCAAGACGACAUAGAUCGUUUCUGCUCAGCUUUCACGGAGCAGGACGUUAAGCCGAACAAAAUGGUUAUCAAGGACAUUGUCAGUGCAGCUAUAAUUCCACUCAUCGUUAACCCGAAUAUUGCCCUCAAGCCGUGUUUCGUAAUGGAGCGACCCAACGAGGGCCAGUUGAUUAGAAAGUAUUUCAUAAUAGAAGGAAUAGAGCCCACUGUUGAGAUGCCGCCUAUUGUGGAAUCAAAUCCACUUUCGCCCUCACACACCAACUUGGAUGUGAGAAAAAGCCGUCUCAAUCUACAGGCAGCUUUGAGUCGCGCUCGUGCCAAUUGUAAGCCAGCGGAGAGAAGCAAAGAAUAUGACCGGGCCGAAUUCACCACGGAUUCCAUUUUGCAUGCCGUGGGUCUCUGCUCGCACGCAGAGUAUAAACGGCUCAAGUUAUCAAUGGUUUUGCUCCAGAAGCGUAAGCCUAAGCCAACUGAGAAAACUAAAUAAUUUCCGGCCCUUAUCAAAUGGGAACUUCUGUUUCUGUUCCGAUUUCCAAAGAUUUUUAUAAGAAAGCUUAUGUUUGUAUAAUUUAUAAAGGUUUAGAGUACGUUAGUAUGUCUAGUAUAAUAAUUAGGGUAAGCAUAGAAUUAUAAACAAUGAUUGAAUCUCAUAACUAUAAAGGUUAAAAUAUAGCGAAGGGAUUUUUAAAU